AUGAGCGGGCAUGAUGAACAAGUUCAAGAAGCCCAAGAAAACCGUCCAACUCCCCGUUUGAAUGAAAGGAUUCUUUCAUCUCUUUCAAGGAGAUCAGUAGCUGCACACCCUUGGCAUGAUCUUGAAAUCGGACCUCAAGCUCCCCAGAUUUUCAAUUGUGUUGUGGAGAUUACUAAAGGAAGCAAGGUCAAAUAUGAACUUGACAAGAAAACCGGAUUGAUUAAGGUUGAUCGAAUUUUGUAUUCAUCGGUUGUUUAUCCUCAUAACUAUGGUUUUAUCCCCCGCACACUCUGCGAAGACAAUGAUCCAAUUGAUGUCCUGGUUCUCAUGCAGGAGCCAGUCCUUCCCGGUUGUUUCCUGCGAGCCAAAGCCAUUGGACUCAUGCCAAUGAUUGAUCAGGGAGAGAAGGAUGAUAAAAUCAUUGCAGUAUGCGCUGAUGAUCCAGAAUAUAAGCACUUUAACGACUACAAAGAACUUGCACCUCAUCGUAUCAUGGAAAUUCGACGCUUUUUUGAAGACUACAAAAAGAAUGAGAACAAGGAGGUGGCGGUGAAUGAUUUUCUACCUCCAAGCACUGCUGUUGAAGCCAUCCAGCACUCAAUGGAUCUUUACGCGGAAUAUAUUCUGCAUACCUUGAGGCGAUAGACAAGAAUAAGCUGCAAUCUCCAAUCUCCAAUCUCCAAUCUCCAUUAAUUAAUCAGAAUAAG